AUGGCGACGAUUUUGGGAGUUGGUCGUCAGAUGGCUGUAGCCUGGUGCAGACAACUGAACGGAUGUCUGUCUGUACAUGAUGUGUAUGGUCAGGAACGUCAAGCAUCUACGGACGCCACUGAUGAUGAAGUUUUGUCAUACAUUUCGCACAUUGGAUGUGCCAUCUCAUUCGUAGCUUUGCUUAUAACUGUCUUGAUCUACACCAUGUUUAGUCGUCUGAGAAGGGACGAGCCGUCUCAGAUACUUUACAACAUGUGUUGGGGGCUACUAGCGUUUAAUCUAUGUUUCCUGUUGGGCCUUGCAAUAAAUGAUGACACGGAUGCUGUUUGGUGUAAGGUUUUGGCUGCAAGCAUGCACUAUUCGCUGCUAGCUGCAAUGUUCUGGAUGGCUGUGAAUGCCUAUUACAUGCACUUGUCGCUGAUCCGUGUUUUUAACACAUACAUCGACAAUUUUUAUCUCAAAUGCGCGCUCGCAGGAUGGGGAUCACCAUUUAUAUUUGUAGCUAUAACUUUAGCUAUAAACAAAACAGACAAUUACGGUCUGAUAUCUAGUCAUUUAUGUUGGAUUAAACAUCCUGCCAUAUACUACGGUUUGAUUGCGCCCGUGGCUUUUAUUAUAUUCGUCAAUUGCAUCGUAUUUCUAAAGAUUUUACGACUGAUAGCAAAGAUGUCUACAACAAACUCAAGGUAA